AGUUACCAGGACGACCAUUUUGCUUCACCGUAGCAGCUAGAAAAAGGAAACGCACAAGCUUUGUUCCUCAAUCUAUGUUCAGAAUUUUCAGACAUCCGUCGCCUCCACGCCUAGAGCAACCAUCGCUGCUAUCCGACCCUUCCGAAUACCGUGGUCCUGGUUUCUUUCUUCGUUGCUGGACUGUGCUCAAAGCAGAAGGCGAAUCAUCAUGGCUUGACUCUUACAAGUCAUUCCUAUUUGGCAGCUACCUCAAUUUGCUGCUCUUAUUUGUUCCACUGAGUGCUGUAGCGCAUCAUCGCGACUGGGAUGCCAGCUUUCGUUUCUCUUUCAGCCUCAUUGCCAUAGUUCCAUUGUCUAAGUUACUAGGUCAAUCGACCGAACAGAUUUCGUUCAAGUUGGGACAAACUUCGGCCGGAUUAUUGAAUGUGCUUUUCGGUAAUCCAGAAUUCAUUGUCGGGGUCACAGCGUUGCUUCGAGAUGAAUUAGAUCUCGUUCAAAGCACUAUGCUUGGUUCCAUCCUGUACAACUUUCUCCUCAUGCUGGGUUGCUCGUUCUUGGCCGCUGGUAUUCGAUAUAGCGAAUCUAGCUUCGAAGUCACGGCUAGCCAAAACUCUGGCUCGCUGAUGACUCUUGCUUCCAUCACUUUUGUUAUUCCGGCUAUGUACCAUUCUAUUAAGCUUGAUGGUGCGGACUUGCACGUUAUAGAUGAUCCAGCUGCCUUGCGUGGCCUACUGAUAAUUUCAAGAGGAACCGCAAUAAUGCUGCUGUUAGUCUAUAUUGCUUAUCUGUUUUUCGAGUUAACCUCACACAAUUAUCUCUUUUUUUCGGAUGCCGACGACGAAGAGCUCGACAUCGAACCUCCUGGGAUGAGCGCCGUUUCGGCCGGUACAGCAUUUCUAGUUGUAGCCAUCACGACCUUUUUCUGUGUGGAUCACCUGGUUACGUCUAUUGAGGAAUUCACCGACGAGUACCAUGUACCGAAAUCGAUCAUUGGAUUGGUUAUCAUUCCUAUUACCAUGAACAUUGUCGAUCAUAUCAUCACCGUCUGGACUGCUCAGGGGACUGCUAUGGGGGGCAAUAUGGGAGCUGCACUUGGUAUAUGCAUAGGAAACGCGAUUAGUAUUGGAACUUUUGUCAUGCCGUUCUUAGUACUCUUAGGAUGGGUUUCUCAUCACGAACUGACACUUUUUUUCGGCAAAUUCGAGGCUUGUGUUAUCUUCGCUGGGAUUGCUUUCCGGUUCUUAUUUGCUGCGCAGACCAUCUGUUUAUAUGUUUCCGUUCUUUUCGUCAACGCCAUCGUACAAGACGGCAAGUCCAACUAUCUGGAAGGAUUCAUGCUUAUUACAUUAUAUGUCGUUAUUGUUCUUGCAUUUUCCGUCUUCUACUAUGUAUGAAGGCAUUGCGUCGCUUCCGACUGUCUCAUCGUGUUUUUCAUCGCAUAUCCUUGCCCAUGAGUCUUGUGUCAUUUCAGG